AUGCUACGGCCACCAGCAGAAGCGCGCCUACAGGGAGCGUUCUCAACUCUACCUCCUGAGCUGUUCUUCAACGUUCUCGAUCAGCUCGUAGGCACACGCGACGGUCAGCAGCCGGUGGCAUACGAACCCUCCAAUGCGAUCACCAAAGCAUUGCGCGCGCUCACUUUAGUGUCGCGCAAUAUCUAUCCUAUUGCAUCAAGAUAUCUCUACUCUUACUGUCUUUGUUUGGACAAUUGUACGAACUAUGCUCGCUUUUGUAGAACAUUGGGAUUAAAUCUUGGAUCUCACCCCCAAGCGCUCAAGUAUGGACAGGCGGGGCGCAAUGAGAAACUCUUCGCCAACGCGGAGACGACGCGAUAUAUCACCUCUACUUUCAUCUCGCCGAUUAAUACAACCAAAGAUGGCAUUGGCUCGACCAUGGUCCGACUACCGCAGGUCAUCGAUCUUUGCAGUGUCAUUGGGCGUGCAUUGAGAAGGCUGAUCCUGGAUCUUCAAACCUUGUAUGCGCCAGCAAGCGAGGUGGAUUUAGUCCAGCCACAUAUCAUCGAGAAUAACAUUUUCCUACAUAUGCCGAAUCUCGAAGAACUUGUUGUCAGUUUCGAUGUCGUCGACUACUUUCCUUAUCCACCUCUCAACCUCAAGAGGCUAGCUAUAACCGUUCAAGAGAUGAUGGAUGCACACUUAGAUUUUUGUUUCUCAAUGUCGUCUCUACAGACAUUGAUAUUCUUGCGCCCACCAGAGCUAGCCUCUACCGACAUCGACCUCUUGUUCAAGGCAUACAAGGGAAAUGUUCUGGAUGUUGUUUUGGUCGACGUGAACUCGAAUCAUCGUACGCCUCAUGGCACCAGAAGCUGGGAGGCCAACGAUACGGUGAGGAUUUGGGAAGCCGAUGUGGCGACCAGCUUCUACGGCGAUGAUGAUGACCUGAUUCUAUGCGAAAAUUGGAUGUGGAAGCAUGGUCUCGAGGGCACACUCUGGACCCAGGACAAGCGACGAAUGGCAUCCUGGGCGGAGACUGAAAGAAGAUUAGCUGGACCUGUGCAUUUGAUCACGGACGGGUCGCACUCAUUGUGA